AUGUCAAAUCAAGAUCAUGUUUCCUGGUCAACUGUGGCUUUUCGCGGUGCCUCCAAGAAAGUCCUGCGUCCUCUUCCUGUCUCUCCCGAGACUGAUUCUCAAUUCAAGUUGAAAGGUAACACCCUUUUCCAUCAUCCUGAACUUGAUUACCAAAUUAUGGUACGUCAAGCUGCUUCUAUUGUCAAGCAAGCACUGACGCCUGGUUCUGUUUUGUUUUCGUUCCCCGCGUCACUUUUUAAGCAUCGUAGAGAAGCUUAUGAACUCAUUGAAGCUCAAUGUGGUACUGUCCAAGGAUUUCGUCCCAUUAGCAAUUAUGGUACUCGCUCUGCAGGUGAAAUCAUGGUUGAAGUUAAAUUUUGGCAACAAUACACUUGUGCAUGUCAAGAUGACUCUUUUGCGAAUUCCGGACAAGGAUACGUUUCUGGCGGAUCUAAACGAUCCUUGCGUUAUUACGGUGAAGUGUACCAGGUGAAACAGUACACUUGCAAUGGGUAUUUUGAAGGUGAGCUGUCGGUUAUCCUUGAUAUCUCGGCUGGCUAUAUUGAUGUUUCUGGUGACAAGGUCAAGAAUGAGCCACUCACGAAUAAUUUGUACUUGGAGGAAUGGGACUGUUUUGCUUCGGCAUCAUUUAAAGAUGCACCCACGGUUUGUCACUGGUGUCGUUUGACUAGAAACGCAAGGUCUAAAUGCCCGGAGUUGGCGAAAACCAAAUGCUUCUCGUGUCGUGGUAGUGGACAUACCGCCAAGUUUUGCAAAAAGAAGAAUCUUGGUGUUACGGAACUGCCUGUUUUGGAUAAGAUCCCAACUGAUCUUCCCUCCCCCACCUUUGAGAGCUUCCACGCUCAAGUGCUGUCUGACUCGGACACAGAUAUUUCUGACGUGUCUACGUCCCCCAAGUUUGAACCAAGUGGCUCUGCAGCUUCUAAGCUUGCAACCACUGUUGCUAGUGUAUACAUGGAGGUUGACAAUCACAUGAAUACUACCACUCCUGCUUCUUCGACGGCAAUUGGAGGCUUUCUUUCGCUUAAAGAAUUUUUACAAAAAGGUAUUUGCAUCCAUACUCUUGUUUCAACGAUAUCUCGGUGA